AUGGUUCACAUCACCGUCAUGGAUCAGGUGGCGGAGGAGGACGUGAGGCUCAUGUCCCCACCGGCGCCGGCGCCGUCCCCGGCCCCAGCGUCCGUUGGCAGCGGCGUCGCAGGGAGGAGGGUCGGGGAGGCGGAGCGGGCGGCGCAGUACCCGUGCCCGCGGUGCGACUCCACCGACACCAAGUUCUGCUACUACAACAACUACAACCUCGCCCAGCCGCGCCACUUCUGCAAGGGCUGCCGCCGCUACUGGACCCGCGGCGGCGCGCUCCGCAACGUCCCCGUCGGCGGCGGCACGCGCAAGGCCGCCCCCUCCGGCGCCGCCGUCUCCCGCCGCAAGAACCGCCCCUCCAACUCCCACGCCGCCGCCGCCGCCGCCGCCCAGGUCGCGUCCGUCGUCUCCCAGCUCUCCUCCGUCUCCGCGCCGAUGCCGCUCCCGCUCUCGGUCACCGCGCCGCCGCCGCCGUCGUCGCAGCUGCCGUACGAACUGUCCUUCGUGUCCACCCUCGCCGCCAUGGACCCCGACCGCCGCCUCCUCGACCUCGGCGGCAGCUUCAGCUCCCUCAUGGCGCCGCCCGCCCCCAUGCUCACCCACGCCCACUUCGCCACCGGCUUCCUGUUCGGCGGCAGCGGUGGUGGCAGCGCGGGCCCCGUUCAUGCUCACGCUCCUGGUCUGCCGCAGCAGCCGCCGGUGGUGUCGCAGGCCGUGCCGGAGGGCUUCUGGGGCAUGGGGUGGCCGGACCUGUCCAUCUAG